GAAGUAGUCUGCUUAUGUCUCCAACAGAACUGGAGUUUACAUUCCCCCACACAACAAACGCACACACACACACACACUCUUAAUGCUUUGCCACACUCACUCUAUCUCGGUACCUUUCUCUCUUCGACAACAAAAGAAACUCACACAGACACACUGAGCAAACACACUCCGCUGCACCUCAUACGCCAACCAUUCGGACGUAGCAGAGGCAGCUGGUAUGGAAAAGAAAGGUGAUAUAAAGGCCAUGAUGGCUCGCUUCCAAACGAGUGAGGCGAGCGCUGACGAGACUUCUUCCAAACCGGCUGUGCACUUCAAACAACCCCUGCACGCCACCGUCUCCUCCGGCCCCACCAUACAGACGAAGAAACCAGUCAUGGACAAUCUUUCAGGCAGUGGGAAUAAUAUUCCUCCUAAACCCUAUUUUCUGAAAAAUUCAACUAAUAGUGACGCAGAGGCACAUGAACCAAACAAAGCUAAAGCCCUGGCUAGCAGGUUCGGAAGCAUCCAGGAGGACACCAGCAGAAACAACAAACCUUUCAUUGUUAAGCAACCUUUUGUAAGGUCUCCUGAAGCCAAAAGCCCUCUACAGAAGCCCCCUCUCAACAAGCCUUCCCUGAGCUCCACCCUGUCCGAGCCCAAACCUGCCUUUCCUAAACCCCCACCAGCAUUGAACUCUAAGCCCAGCUGGGUGAAAGAAGACAGUGGUGGAGGUUUACAUCCAAAACCGAGCAGCAGCAUCGUAAGAUUACGGCAGCAAAAUGAAGAGGUGGCGGGGGCUGGCGCGAACACUGCGAACAAACCCUCACCUCCGGCAAACUCCGCUUAUAAACCCCCGUCCAACUUCAGGACUCCUCAGAAUAUCUUCUGCAAGGAGUCAGAUAGUGGCCCGACAGUAGACGGAGCCAACAAACCGCUCCUCACCGCCACUAACUCCGCCCCUCCUCUAAAACCUCCAGCAAGUAAAAAGCCCAGCUUCAAAAAACCUCCAAAGUCUUCUCCGCAGUCGAGCAGCAGUGAUGCCACUUCAGGCCCCAAGCGUAACACCCUCCCCAACAGUUUAGCGUUGGGCCCUGCUCCUGUCAAGCCCAACCGACCCCCUAAAGUCAACCUGGAGAGCUUUAAAAGACGUGCCGGGGCCUCUGAUAAUAGUCCGGGCACCUUUAAGAACCCCAUCAUCCAAACUCCUCUGGCCUCUCACCCCAGUAACCAUAGCAACCACGUGACCCCGACUCAACCCCCUCCGCCUGCGGUUCCUAGUCUUCCCCCACGACACCCCGGAGCCAUGAUCCAGCAGGAUGAGUGCUAUGAUGUUGUGGACGAAUUUAACAGCGCUCCUCCGCCACCUCUGCCACCAACUACAGGUCACCCGAGUCACAGAGCAAAGACGCAGGAGGAAAAUGAUGAUGAUGAUGACGGAGAGCUGUAUGAGGAUCUUGAUGAACGAUGGGAAGAGGCUGAACAAAAACAAGAUAAGAAGAAAGAGAAAGACGAGAAGGAGGAGAAGAAACGACUGGAGGCCGAGAAGAAGGAGCAAAAGGAACGUGAGAAGAAGGAACAAGACACUAGAAAGAAAUUCAAAUUGGUUGGCCCCCUGGAGGUCGUCCACCAAGGGAAGGCUACUGUGGAUUGCCGAAGCAAUAAGACCGACCUUGCUAUGAAGCAGGGAGACUGCGUGGAAAUCAUCCGUGUCCAGGGCAACCCAGAGGGGAAAUGGUUGGGACGGACGCGGGAUGGAUCCAUUGGUUAUGUGAAGACCACUUCAGUGGAAAUUGACUUCAACUCUCUGAAGAAUCGUCAACCUAAGCAGGCGUACGACCCUGAGGUAUACGAUGACAUCGACGUGAUCACUUCUGAUAACAGUGGGAUGAAAGCACCAGGAGUUGUCCUGCCCCCGCUACCAGGAGACGGAGAAGAAAUAUACGAUGAUAUUGUUGAUUCAAACCCGGAAGUCAGUCCUCUGGACUCCAGGUCGUCUCCUACGAAGCCUCAUAGCUUCCUGCGGAUGUUUGACCGGAACAGACGUCCUGCCAGCACUAAAGUAGUGCCUCCACCCAGCCAGUUUACUGCAGAUGGGAGUUCAGAUCAAGUGGGAGAAAUUGAUGAGGACAUAUACGACGAUGUUGACUCUCAAAAUGUGCCUCCCCUUCCUCCCACCAGCAGCAUUCCGGCCCUGAAAGGCAAAAGCAAGACUGAAGAGAUGGACCCAAGGAAGCAGAAAAAGUUUGAUAAAGAGGAGAAGGACUUCAGAAAAAAGUUUAAAUAUGAAGGGGAGAUACAGGUGCUGUAUCAGGUGACCAUCGCUCCGACACUUACUAAUAAGAAGUGGAGCGUGAAGGAGCUUCCAGUCAAAGCAGGAGAGAACCUCAACGUCAUCGUUAAAGCCGUGGAUAACAAACUCAUCUGUCGGAAUGAGGAGGGCAAAUUUGGUUAUGUUUCGACCUGUCACAUAUUUAUGGAUGAUGGUGACAUCUAUGAUGAUAUUGGAGAUGAUUGCAUCUACGACAACGAUUAGAAACACUGGAUUACCUAAGGCCCGUUGCUGAGGAGGAAUAGAGGGCUGAGGAAGCAGAGAAGAAGGCCAGAGAGGAGCAGGAGCACAUAUACAAACAACUGUCUAAAGGAAACACAGGACCACACACUGUCUUUGUUCCUGACUGUCACACAAACACAGCUUUUAUUUUGUGUGUGUGUGUGUGUGUGUGUGUGUGCACCUGUCCUUCAGUAGGAGAUGAGCCUGGGGGAAGAGCAUGACUGUAAUCCUAGCCUAGUUUAGCAGCAAUCCCAGGAUUGGGGUCAGGGAAAUAGUAGAAAGUGCAGUGUGGACAGUGUUCCCUCAAUACUCUUUUGUUGUGUAAUAUUAUAACCUUCAUUAUGUUCAUUCCUCAGACACAAUUCGUUUUUGUUUUCAGUAAAUUAAACAAGUGAUGUCUAUAAAAGUACAUUUCUUCAGGUGGGGGUUAUGAUUAGUGAUUAGUGAGUUUCCAAACAGUAAGUAGUUUCAGUCAUUUUAGUUUGUAAGCAAGUUUCAGGAAUCCCUGAUCCAAGGAAAUGAAUUCACUCAGUUACUUGAUAAAAAAUACAUUUGCUUUAUUUGGGUCAUCAUUGUACAGAGCAAGCUUUAAAAGACUGACCAUUCAGUAAAUUAAGUUUACUUAGAAAUGUUAAUCGUAUAUCCACAGCAUAUUAUGGUAUAAUUAUUAUCUAAUAUUAUAUGGUCAUCUCUCACACACCCACACGUGUACCUGAUACAUGAACGUCAUUAAACAUUUCUAUCAUUUUAGGGAAUAUGAAAUUACUUGACUCAUUUGCUUAAAAUUCACACUACUUUCACUAUUUAUUUAAAAAAUAAGCAUCUAUAUUUCAAUUAAUUUUUUUAUAUAUUUACAGGGAGGAAGGAAGUAUGUACAAGUCAAUAAAAAAAUUAUAAUUUUUUGUCUCAGA